AUGACCGGCAGUCCAGACUGUCUGCAGCCCAAAGUCGUGGACAGGUCAGCCGACACGAACGAUAUCGCAGGGAUCUGGCUUCGAGCAUGGUCAUGGAGCAGGUCCUUGGGCAGGAGUAUAAAAGGCCCCCAUCGGUCGGUCGGCAGCACAGCACCACCCAACCUUGCCUCCGUCUCAAGAUCUACUUCAAGAUGAGAUUUCUCAGCAUUGCCUUGGCUGCCGUUGCCUCCGUUGCCCUGGUGAAUGCCAACUGCGUUGGCGGCAACGCCUGUAUCUCGGACUGCUACAUCUCGUGUGGAUGGCAGGGUGCGGCAUCGUCUCCCGCUGUUCAGAUGCGCUGCCAGAACUGCAUCUGGACCAACUGCGGCACUUGCACCACGAACGCCCCGGCUCCUCCUCCUCCCUCCCCUUCUCCUCCGCCUCCUCCUCCUCUGCGCCAAUGCAUCGGUGGGAACGCCAAUGCCUGCAUGGACGAUUGUUAUAUUAGCUGUGGAUGGCAGGGAGCCUCGUCCUCUACUGCGGUCCAGCUCCGAUGCCAGGCAUGCAUCUCGAGCAGCUGCAACGGAUGCUAAGACCAGAGAUAAUGCCUGGGUCGUUGCUCAACAAAGUGAGAGCAUUCUCGGCGACCAGACACUUGGCAUCGCUGGAAGAAAUAGUGUUAGUUGAGGGCCUGGUCUUAUGUGGUGUCAUU